AUGGGGCCGCAGCACGGAGUACCCCAGGGGGUGGAACCGGGGCGGCGGCUGCAGGUGAGCCCCAUCCACGGAACCGUCCUCCGGCCUCAGCCCCGGCGGCCUCCGGCCAGCGGGACCCCCCCGCGCCGCUGGGGAAGCCCUUCCCGGGGGCGGGGCGGCCCCGCCCCUCCGCCCGCCGCCUUUACCCGCCGCGGGGCCGCGGCGCGGGAGAGCGGCUGCCGGAGCGGGGCCGGGCGGAGCGGGGCCGGAACCAAGACUGAGGCCAAGUGGGGCUGCGGGGACUCGAGUGAUGGGCGGGCGGGCUGUGCUGAUCCAGGCGCUGCUAACGGCGGGUACGGACCCACUGGAGGGCUUGGGGCCGGGCACGGGCAGCGCGGCCCCAGCUGGGGCGAGGGUGACGUGUGCUCGGCGGCGGCGGCGGGCGGGCUGGGCCGGGACGACCUGCACAACGAGGUGCUGCACAAGGGCGGCGGCGGGGCGCCCGUCCCGGCCACUGCCCCGCUGCUCGGUGGCAGCCCGGAGAAGGAGGGCGGCGGAGCGGCCUCGGGGGAUGCGCUCAGCGAGCUGCCGAGAGUUGCUUUCUUGUCAAAGCCUCAAGGCCUGGUUACUCCCAAGAAAAAAGGGAACGGGAAUAAAAGAAGAAAAGGCAAAGGCCAGGGGAAGAAGAGAGACCCGUGCCUGAGGAAGUACAAGGAUUUCUGUAUCCACGGCGAAUGCAAAUACAUCCGAGAGCUGGGAGCUCCCUCCUGCAUAUGCCAGCCAGGGUAUCAUGGAGAGAGAUGUCAUGGCCUUUCACUGCCUGUGGAGCACCCCCCCAGUGUGUACGACCACACCACAGCACUGGCUGUUGUUGCUGUCAUCCUGUCCUCCCUGUGUCUCAUCAUCAUUGCAGCCCUGCUGAUGCUCAGGUGUCACAAGAGGGGUGUCUACGAUGUAGAAAACGAAGAGAAAAUCAAGCUGGGCAUCACUGUGAAUCACUGAGGAUGCCAGGUACUGGUGAGGGCUCGGCACUGACGCACUUCUACCUCCCGGGAGAGGCAAGAGCCGCGGAGCCAGCUCAGGCCCAGCUGGAGCCCGCGGGAGCUGCAGGAGCCCCGCUCUGGGGCUGGCGGGGCAGCUGUGGCUGCGCGUGGAGCCCCGGGGCUGCACCAGGGGCCGGGACUGGGGAGAGGCGCUCGCUGGCCGGGAGUGGGGCCCAGGGGCUCCCGCCGGGGCCAGGGGCUCCCACCAGGGCCAGGGGCUCACCAGCUUCCUCUGCUGCAGUGCCAGGAACAAACUGUGAAAGGAGGGGAGAGGGGGCUCGGGCCUUGCUUAGGCACAGGAAAGGUGGGAGGGUAACAGCUAUUUAACAAGAGAUUUUUCAUUUUAAAUUAUAUAUUUAUUUUAGAUAAACUGUACAUAGUAUUUAUAUUUAUUGUAGGUCUGGCCCUGCAUCCUUCACGUAGGUCAAGGUGACAGAGUUAGACUGCCCUUAUUUUUUAAAUGCGAUGUAAUAUUCUAAUAAAUAACACUUUGU